AUGACCAACAGCAGCAUCUUACAACUGGCCCUUCUCCUGCUCCUCUCUGCUGCUGUCUCUUCUAAAGGCUAUGACUCGCUUCACUUCCAUCAAAGAAGAAACAAUCGCAGGAGUUUGAGUCUCCUGAAUGAAAUGCUUGGGAAACUUCAUCCAGAAUGUCUACAGGAGAAAAUGGACUUCAGGAUCCCUCAGGAGAUUGCACAGCCUAAGCAAUGGCAGAAGGAGAAUGCCACCAUGGUCAUCCAUGAGGUGCUGCAGCAAAUCUUCCUCGUGUUCAGCAGCAAAAAUGCCUGCCCUGGUGUGGAUAAGACCAUCAUUGAGACAUUCCUCAGUGGAAUCUAUCAGCAAAUGGUGCAUCUGGAAAUGGCCUUGGAGGAAGAGAUGGACCAGGCCAAUAGCACCUGGGGGGUUGAAGAGAGCAUCUCGCAUCUCAAAAUUUAUUAUCAAGGCAUAAGGAACUACCUGAAAAACAAAGACUACUCCAGCUGUGCCUGGAAGAGAGUCCAGGUGGAAAUCAGAAAGAAUUUUUUCUUCCUUUUCAAAUUGACGGAAUGUCUAAAGAACUGA